AUGGAGCAAAUUGAGGCUAGGGAUGCUCAAACUUUAGUGAACAUUUUAACUCAAGAACAAUCAAAGGAUCCAAACUUCUUUUUUAGAGUGAAAUUUGACAAUGAAGGAAGAAUUUACAACAUAUUUUGGAGAGACUCAAUGAUGCUAGAAUACUAUAGGAUAUACGGAGAUGUUCUUGUCUUUGAUACAACAUAUAGAGCCAACCGAUAUAAUCUUAUAUGUUCUCCUUUUGUUGGUAUAAACAAUCACUGGAAAAAUUGUAUGUUUGCAUGUGCUUUUAUUAGAGAUGAAAAAACAGAGUCAUUUGUGUGGUUACUAGAAAUACUUUUGAAAGCUAUGGAGGAUAAAACACCAACCACAAUAUUCAGUGACCAGGACCAAGCAAUGUCAAAUGCAAUUAAGCACGUGUUACCUAAUACAAGGCAUCGACUUUAUAUAUGGUAUUUAGAACAAAAUGCAAUCACAAGAAUUCUACAUCUACAUUCAGUUACAAGAAUACCAGAAAAGUAUGUUACAAAAAGAUGGACUAAGUUUGCAAAAUCAGAGGCAUGGAAUAGGUUGAAGAAUCAAGAUCCCACACAGCCAUAUAUACCAUGGAGGCAAAUAAUAAUGAGAAAAUACUACAAUUUAAUCUUAAAGAGUCAAGAAAAUAAAGAGACAAGGGCAUUUAUGGAAGAAAGCUUCAAAAAUAGUCUAAAAAUGGUGGAAGAAUUACUUGCUACUGCUGCUCUGAGAGAAGAAGGUGUUGAAGCUGCUUCUGACAUUCCUGAUGUGGCAGAGAGCACUCAGAGCAAUAAUGAUGUUUCUUCAUCAUCCAGUAUAAGCACAAGUGUAUCAACUAUACUUGAUCCUAAAAGAGUUGUAAUAAAAGGAAGAAGCAAGAGAGCGAAAACAGGGCUUUAA